AUGACGAAGGGAACAUCAAGCUUCGGUAAACGCCGAAAUAAGACUCACACACUAUGUAGAAGAUGUGGCAGAUCUUCUUAUCAUAUACAAAAAUCAAAAUGCGCUCAGUGUGGAUACCCUGCAGCCAAAUUACGCUCUUACCACUGGUCGGUGAAGGCUAAGAGGAGGAAGACCACUGGAACUGGUCGUAUGCGUCAUCUCAAGAUUGUCAGAAGGCGCUUCCGCAAUGGUUUCAAAGAGGGCCAACCUACCCCUAAGAAAGCUGUUGCCUCCUCGUAG